AUGAACACUGGAAAUGCCACAUGCGAAGGAAAUUGCCAAGGUUUUAAUACUAGAAGUGUUUCUGCAAACGAUGGAAAGCCAAAAACUUACGGUAGUGUUUGUGAUGAGAAGGCUGAAUGUGCUUGCUAUGGUAAAGCAACUGAUCAAAAAAAACAAAAGAAAACCAAAGACAAAUCGACCAAAGCAACUGAUACAGAUAGUCCAAAACCUAUCAAAUCUUCUGACAAAACCACACCAACUGGAGUUGACCGUAAUACUUCAAUGAGCCCAAAGGAUAAAUCGAUUCCAGAAUCUGCUAGUAAAAGUCCAAUACUUGACCCUAAAUCUAAUGUUAAAUACCCUAGUUCAACAAGUCCCCCAAGUUCAAAAACUCCCCCGAAUUCAAUAUGUCCCCCAAGUCCAACAUGUCCCCCAAGUCCAACUUGUCCUCCAAGUCCAACAUGUCCUCCAAGUCCAACAUGUCCUCCAAGUCCAACAUGUCCCCCAAGUCCAACGUAUCCCCCAAGUCCAAUAUGUCCCCCAAGUUCUAUAAGUAAACCAAAAGAAUCCACAAUGCCUAAAUCUGAUAGUGAAAGUACAAAAUCUUCCUUGAGUCCUAAAGAUUCGUCAAGACCAAAAACUGACAGCCAAGGCACACCUUCUUCAGGCUCUAGUAUUGAACCUACUGACAAAACCCCUAAAGUGAAAGUGGGCAAAAAGACUAUUUUGGAUCCUAAAGAUCUUCCGAAAACUGGUAGUCAAAAUAUAAAACUAGGUUCUGAAAUGGAUAUUGAAAUUCCUGGCAAAAUCCCAAAAGUUAAAGUCGGCAAAAAGACUAUUUUGGAUCCUAAAGAUCUUCCGAAAACUGGUAGUCAAAAUAUAAAACUAGGUUCUGAAAUGGAUAUUGAAAUUCCUGGCAAAAUCCCAAAAGUUAAAGUCGGCAAAAAGACUAUUUUGGAUCCUAAAGAUCUUCCGAAAACUGGUAGUCAAAAUAUAAAACUAGGUUCUGAAACGGAUAUUAAAGUUCCUGGCAAAAUUCCAAAAGUUAAAGUUGGUGAAAAGACUAUUUUGGAUCCUAAAGAUCUGUCUUUUUCAAAAACUGGUAGUAAAAAUAUAAAACUUGGCUCUGAAACGGAUAUUAAAGUUCCUGGCAAAAUUCCAAAAGUUAAAGUUGGUGAAAAGACUAUUUCGGAUCCUAAAGAUCUGUCUUUUUCGAAAACUGGUAGUAAAAAUAUAAAACUUGGCUCUGAAACGGAUAUUAAAGUUCCUGGCAAAAUUUCAAAAGUUAAAGUUGGUGAAAAGACUAUUUCGGAUCCUAAAGAUCCGUCAACCCCGAAAACUGAUAGGGAAAGUACUGACAAAACUGGUCCGGUAAAGAAAACUUCAUCGAGACGAAAGGAUAAGAAGAGCAAAACUUCAUUAGCUCCAACUGAUCAGAAGGAAUCAUCAAGUCCAAGAGAUCAAUUUACCCCAAAAGUUGAAGGUGAAAUCCCACCAACUGGUAAGAAAGCUUCAAUAAGUCCCACGGAUUCAGCAAGGCGAAAAUCUAGUAGUAAAAGUCGAAAAAGCAGCCCUAAGAAAACUCCAAUAGUAAAUCCUGCACAAAUUGUACAAAAUCCUGUUCUUAAGCUUAGUUGUGGAUGGAUUGAUCACAAAAAGCUGAUGAAAUUGCGAUCAGAAAUGUCUGUCGAAACAUCAGGGUUCAAAGCAUGUAAAAGAAAACGUAAACCACCACCAAUAGACCGCUCAGUUGAAUUGGACUUCGAAGAAGCAGUCAAGUAUUAUACAACUAAAAAUCCGCAUCUAUUCAGUGACUUGAUACAAAAGAGUUUAGAAGGCACAGUUUAUGAAGAACAACCUGAAAAACCUGCGCUUACAAAAUCGGAAAGGGCAAAGAGCAUCUUUAAGAAAUUAUUACCAAAAUCCAAACCACUGGACCCAGAACCACCAAUAGAAGAAAUUCAAGAAUUGUGCGAAUGCCCUUACGGACGAAUUCCUCCACCUAUAGGAUACCACCCUAUUCCUGCUAUACCUCCCAGACAAUUAGCUAAAUUGUAUCCAAAACGCGGCUUAAAACUUAGUGUUGGUGUUAAACACAAAAAGAUCAUUAACAAUUUGAAUCGUAGUCCUGAAGUGGAAUGUGGCUGCUAUAAUGAAAUUUCACUUGCUGAAGGCCAGUGGUGGAGAACUUUCAAGUGGCCAAAGAAUCCAUCAAGCUCGAGAAUUUGGCGUAGAAGCCUUAAAACCGAAAGUGGAGCUGCAGCUGAUAAUGAUGUUAUUUGUUUAUGCGACACAGAUGGCGAAUAUUCAAAAACAAGUCCAAAUGGUGAAGUAAUUUGUGAGUGCAAUGAAGUAGAAGACAACUAUUCAACUUUUAAAAGUACUGAGGAUUCUGAAAUCGAGCCGUAUCCUGCCAGGGAUAAACUGCAACCAAUAUUGUGUGAUCCCCUAAAAAACAUGCACCAGAACAAAAUGGCACAACUACUACCGCAGCCGUGCCUUGCCACGGGUAAAACGCAAUCAAUAUUGUGUGAUCCUCAAAAAAAUACACAACAGAACAAAAUGGCACAGCUACCGCCGCAGCCGUACCCUGCCACAGGGAAACUGCAAUCAAUACAGUUUGAUUCUCAAAAAAACACGCAACAGAAUAAAAUGGCACAACUACCACCGCAGACGGGCCCCGCCACGGAUAAACUGCAACCAGUACUCUUUGAUCCCCAACAAAUCACGCAACAGAACAAAUUGGCACAACUACCACCGCAAGUGCCGCUAAUACCGCCACAAGUAUUGUCGCAAGUUCCGGUACAAGUACUGCUGGAGAUACCGCCUAAAUCAGUCAGACAAAAUCCAGUAGUGAAGCUUGAUUGUGGAUGGAUCGAUUAUAAAAAUUUGAUGAAAAUGAGAUCAGAUCUCUCUAUUGAAACAUCAGGCUUUAAGGCAUGUAAAAGAAAACCAAAACCACCACCAAUAGAUAGGUCAGUUGAAUUAAAUUUUGAAGAAGCAGUCAUGUACUACACGAGUAAAAAUCCGCAUCUGUUCCGUGAUUUGGUGCAGCAGAGCUUAGAAAAUCCUAUUGACACUGAUGGUAAAGUAAAAAAACAACAUGAAGUAAAAAAAGAAUUAUCUACGGCAAGGAAAAUAUUUAAUAAAUUCAAACCAAAAGUGAAGCAAGAGGAACCAGUGCCACCGCAACACGAAUAUGAAGAGUUGUGCGAAUGCUCUUACGGAUGCAUUCCUCCACCGAUAGAGUACAUACCUGUGGCUGCUUUAUCUCGGAAACAGCGAGAUAAAUUGUAUCCAAAAGGCUUAAAACUUCACUUUGGUGGUAAAGGCUCUCUUUCACGAGGGCUCGCUGAUAUCUGGCCUUAA